UCUGGCAUGAUUAUCCCUUCAUCCAUAAUUAUUUAUUUAUUCUUUUAUAUAAAUGUAAUCUUGUCAUCUUUUAAAAGGGAAUAUUUAAACUCAUAAAGGUGGGAGUUCAAGUAGAAAAAUCAGGCCCCCCAAAUAUUUAAAGUUUGGGGCUUUCUUUUUUUACUAAAUUAGUAAUGUAUAUUUCAAGUUAAGGUCUUAUCUUCAUGGAGUAAGAUUAUUCUGAAAAAUAAAACUUAUAAUCAGAUGAAAGUAGUUCAUGUUAGAAAAAAGUGAUGAAACCAUGCAUAGAAGAAUUGUAUUGUAAGCAUUUUCUGUGGAAAAAUAUUUCAGAAUAAUGGAUAGUCAGCUGGACUAAAACCUUAAACACAUGGUUUUUGGUUUUAUCUAUGAUUCCUCUUAGUUCUGUGAUGCUGGGUAACUGAUUUAACCUCAAAAUGCCCUACCUAGGUAACUAAGUUUGUAAGUUGCAAUGAAGGUACUAGCCUCCAUUUUCCUUAACUAAGAGUUUUCUGUAAAUAAAUCAUAGGGUAAAAAAAAUCAUCGUUUCAGACUAUUUUAAAAUCCUAAAAAAAAUUGAAAACUCAAAUAUGAAUAGAUCUUCGAAAUAUCUAUGUUAAGUUUAAAAGGUUUUUGCAAAAGGAAAACCUUUCCCCAAGAAUCUUACUAAUGUAUUCCUUGUGACAACACAUAGAGAAAGACUUUGAUAAGAGAGCUGAUAAUCCAAGAAAAAGAGAAUAGGCUCAGUAGCAAAACAGUUGUUGGUGACUUUUUGUCAUGUUACCUGAAUGAUAAACGUUCACAAAUUAAAGCAAACCAAAAAACAAAAAACUUGAUGGAAAUUUUGAGUGACAUUCUAUGAAAAAAAUUAACAUGUCAGGUAGAUAAAACUACUAUAUGAUUUAACUUGAAUAUGUAUUUUUUAGAUGGUUCUAACUGGGAUUCUUCAAGCCCUUCUGAGAUAAAUAAGAGUCACAGAAGUUCAAAGAAUUUAAACUUGCAAAGGAUUGUUGUUUCCAAAGGCCUGACUCAAAAUCCACAAGGUUCCACAAGAGAUCAUCCAGGGGAAAAUCCUAAUGUGAAGCCUAGUCAACGGGGUCUUCCAAUGAAAGAGUCUUUCUCAAGCCAGGAAUCAGAGAAAGGAGUCAAGGCAAAAUCAAAAUUAGAUUAUGUGCAAAAAUGUGAUUUACCUGCUGCAGAAGACACUGAUGAUGGUUCUAACUGGGAUUCUUCAAGCCCUUCUGAGAUAAAUAAGAGUCACAGAAGUUCAAAGAAUUUAAACUUGCAAAGGAUUGUUGUUUCCAAAGGCCUGACUCAAAAUCCACAAGGUUCCACAAGAGAUCAUCCAGGGGAAAAUCCUAAUGUGAAGCCUAGUCAACGGGGUCUUCCAAUGAAAGAGUCUUUCUCAAGCCAGGAAUCAGAGAAAGGAGUCAAGGCAAAAUCAAAAUUAGAUUAUGUGCAAAAAUGUGAUUUACCUGCUGCAGAAGACACUGAUGAUGGUUCUAACUGGGAUUCUUCAAGCCCUUCUGAGAUAAAUAAGAGUCACAGAAGUUCAAAGAAUUUAAACUUGCAAAGGAUUGUUGCUUCCAAAGCCCUGACUCAAAAUCUACAAGGUUCCACAAGAGGUGCAGCUGGAAGUGGGCCUGACACUGGCUAUAAGGUUGGACUUCAAGUAGAAGAGCCAGGCCCCCAGAAGCAUUGGGAACCUCCUCUAGAAAAAGAAGUCCCAAAACGUAAGAAAGACAGAGGGUUAAUACUCUGA